GAAAGCCUUUCACGGACGAAGAGGCAGGACCUUUGAAGGACAACCGAAGAAAACCUGGACAGACAAGUUCGCGAAAAAAAGACCGCCGAUCGCUCACACCCUCGCGGCGAGAGCGUUUUUGCCGUUCCGCCCGCGUGGGUCCUCCCUCCACACACAGCCAGCGAGAAAAAGCCUCUGAAUGAGAAAAGCCUUUUCGGCCGUCGGAAAAAAGUUCGCACUCCGAAACUGUCUCCUGUUCUGAGGAGCCGGUGUACAGGCACCGGAACCGCGGCGCAGUUUCGCUGCCGUGCCAGCUGCGGCGCGGAGGCCACCACGACUUGCCUUCCUCGUUUCGAGUGCAUGCUGGGGAAAAACUCCGUCCCCGCAACGGGUUUCUGUGUUUCUGUCUGUUCCAGAAGACGCCGCGAAGCGUCUCGACUCGCGCGAUCCCCGUCCGAAUGCCAGGCGGUGUGUGGACACCCGAGCCGAGGCGCUGCAGAGCGCCGCGAGCGAAAGGGACUGAGUCUGCGUCUCACACCGGCAGGAAAGUGUAAAGAGACUUUUCCUGGAGGCGUCCUUGAAAGGGUCGGAGGAGAGACGAAGGAGGCGACACAAAUGCUUCCACUUCACUGGGGAUGAACGGCGACGUCUGCGAAUCGAUAAAGGCCAGUUUUUUGAGGUGAAAGUGAGCUUCACACUGGCGAGACCCGUCGGGAGAGCCUGUCUCUGAGGCUCAAUGCCAAGACAGAGUCGCUCGGCUUGCUGUCUUUCCUCCUUGGGUCGACUGCCUUGACUUUCGGUCUCCUCUCGUUUCGCCCUCCGCUCCUGUGGGUGGCCUCGUCUCGUCUCUCGCAGAUGACCUGUUUUCUCCUGCAGCUCUCCUUCGCCUGUUUCCUCCGCCUCUCCCCUUCGUGUGUGCUUCUUCGUCAGGACUGUCUCCAUCUAUUCUUCUUCUCAACGGCCUGAGACACUCUCGCUGCUUCUUGUCGUCUUUGGUUUGAGAAUCGAUCUCGGUCCCGCAUCCUCCACGUCUUGCCGUUCUCUCUCGCCUCCCGUUUCUCCACUCGUUGCCGCCAUGAGGCCUCUCCUGUCGUAGCUCGGCUGGCGCGUCAGUCUGGAAAAUGGAUUUGCCUCUCGCAUUCUUCUGGACUUCUCUGCUCAAGCUGCUCCUGCUCAGAGCUCAUCUGCAGACGCAGACAAGCAGCUGGUUGCGCCUGUGCGUCUUCGUCUCCUUCCUCGGUGCGCUGCCCGCCUUGUUCGUCGCCGCAGAGGCUCCGCGCUUCUCUCUGGAGGCGCGGCCUGCGGGCGUGUCUCCUCGCCUGGUCUCCGCGCCCAACUGGCAGCCGACGCCCCAACGAGGCGCCGGGCCGCUCGGCGCCUUGUGUUGCUCUCCUUGGGUCUCAAGCGGCCUGAAAGCUCGCUUUACACCGAAGCGACGAAACGGAACAGCUGCUGCAGGAGGGACAGCAAAGGGGAGAGGAAGGGAGAGGAGAGGCGGCCGCUGCACUGGCCAAAGUCUGGCAAGAAGAGCGAAAAAAGAAGAGGGAACAGACAGUGUGAAGUUGGCGCAGACGGACCGGUGGCUGCCGGAAGAGGCCUGGAGGCAUCUAGCCGGUCUGCCCCCUUGUGCAGCUCUUGGUGGCUGUGGUGCAAAGUUGAAAAUUGCAGACAAAAAAGGAAAGAGAAGAAAGAAACGCGUCUCUCUGAGGAAGACGCGAAACAUACCGGAACGGCGCUCGUGGGUGUUUUCUCAAGAGCUGCCUGCGUCUCCCUGCGGAGACAGCUGUCUCCUUCGGCCGCUCCAGAGCACUCUACAAAGACCGCCGCGUUGGGCGUCCUCCACUGGAAAUGCUCUCUUUGUCCACAGGACGCAUUCCUGGUGUCCUUCCCGAUAUUCCUUUCUCUCCUCUUCGCCAGCCCUGUGUGCAUUCACCGUCCCUUGCCCGCGAGGACAGUGUUCGCCGGAGUCGACGCUUUCCCUCUCGCCUCUUCCUUCUUCGCUUCGCCGUAUUCUGCGGACUGCCAGUCGACAGACGUCUUCCGAGACGCCGUUGGUCUUCCAGUCGCCCUCAUCCUCUCACUCGCUUUCCUCCGGCCACUGCUCUCCUCUCCCGUCACAGUCUCUGUCACAGCCUCUGUCACAGCCGAGGCCGAAGUCGUCUGCAGCUCUGCCUGUCUCACUCCUCUCCGUUCUUCGCUCGUCGUCUUCGUCGUCUUCGUCGUCUUCGUCGUCUCACCCGCGGCACUCCGUCCUUUGCUCGCGCUCCUCUGCCUCUGGCGGCUCUCCGAGUGCAGCUUGGGCGCUCUCCCUCCACAGGGAAGCUCCGGGAGGACGAGGGAGCGACCCAGAGGAAGCGCAACGGAGAGGAAGAGAGAGAGAACGAGAACGAGGUCACGAGCGAGGAGAGGACAAAAACGAAGUGAAGGAGACCGGGGACGCAGCCUGGGGCGACUACCGACUUGUGACCUGUCCGCUUUUCUACAGCAAUGCCCGCAUGCAUCUGGGACAUGCGUAUUCGUGUGUGUUGGCAGACGCGCUUGUGCGGUACGCUCGCUCUCGGCAAGGCUUCUACGACUCGCCGCUUUCGCGUUCGGAGGAACCAGCAGGCCCCCCUCUGCGAACAGCAGAGCCGGCGCGAGGAGAGGACGCGGGGGACGGAGGCGAGCACACAGAGACAGAGACAGAGACAGACAGAGAGACAGAGACACAGCGAGAGACACACAGAGAGACAGAAGCAACCGAGGCGAGCACAGCGGAGAGCGCAGGAGAAAAGAGCCCCGACGCAAGACGACUGAAGGAAGGAGAGAAAGAAGAGCGAGAGGGAGGAGCAAGGGAGAGAGAAGGAGGAUGCAUGAUUUUGACAGGAGCAGACGAACACGGUGGGAAAGUUGUGCGCGCUGCUGAGGCCGCGUGGAGAGCCUACUGGAAACAGACAGAGAAAAAGGGGGAAGAAGAAAAGAAUGCAGACAGCGGAGAGACAGAUGAAAGUCUCGCAAAGCCGCAUGCGUCUCCAGAUCUGAGUACGCCUUCUGUGCUGACAUCUGCGUCGCCAGUAUCUCCGUUUUCGCCUUGCUUUUCGUCUGCUUUUUCUCAAGACUCAGUUGAAGCAUUUGUCAACUCGAUUGCCGCCUACAACUGCGCGAUGCUCAGGCGUCUCCACAUCCUUCAGCACCCGGAUGGGUCAUUGCCCUUCUUUCGGACCAGCACCCGCGAUGAACCGUCUUCUUUCUUUUCUUUCUCUUCUUUCUCUUCUUCAACUUCCCGCUCUCCUUCCUCUUCUUCAGCUUCUUCUUUCGCUUCUGCCGAUUCUGAUUCUGUUGAGAAGGUGGAGAGGCGCGAGGACGCAGAGAGAAGUGUGGGGAGAUGCAGAGAGGAGGCUCCGGAGACAGAACGACUGGGUGAGGAAAGAGACAAAAGCGGCGAAAUUCGCAGACUCUGGAGAGAUGGCGGCGAUGCGAAGAAACGAGCAACACCGCGAAGCGCGCACGAACGGGCUGUAUGGACACUCUGGAGAAUGCUGGAAGAGAAAGGCCUGAUCUACAAAGCGGCUGCUUCCCCUUUGCCUUCGGCCUUGUCCUCCGCCUCCGCUUCGCGAGGGAGACAGGAGGCGUUCAACUUCGUUGGAGAAGAAGAAGAAGACCAAGCGUGGGGUAUGCACGUUUCGCGGGGCACUCGUUCCCCCGUCUCCGCGUCUCUUCCUGGCCCGGCCUCUUCUUCCGUCUCGUCUUCUUCUCUGUCUUCUUCUCUUUCUCUGUCUCCUUCUUCUCUUUCUGUGUCUUCUUCUCCCCUUUCGGCUGCUCUGCCAGAGAGAGAGAGACGCGGCGGAGAGGCUUCUCAGGCAGCUUGUCUUGACCGGCGAAGAAGGCGAGAGAGUCAAGGAAGCGAAGACGGAGAGGAACACCGAGGAGAGAAGCAGGAGGAAAAGGAAGAAAGCGAAGAUCCAGCAGGGGAAGGAGGAGGCGCCGAGUUUUACUUUUUCCGUCUGACGCAUUUCAAAGACGCUCUCCUACAGCUCUACGCGUCGCCUCGCCUCUUCUCGAUCGCCCCCGCGAGCCGCCUGGAAGAAGUGAAAGCCUUCGUAGAACAUGGCGGCCUCCGCGACCUCGCCAUCUCUCGACCCAGUUCGACGUAUACAGUUUCGCCUCUCCUUCACUCGUUGGCUGCUUCGUCGUCUUCGUCGUCGCCUGCGUCUUGGCCGUAUUCUUCUUCACCAGUUUCUUCUCCACAGUCGCAUCUCUCGCCAUGCUCUCUUCGAUCCGACUCCGCUGUCGAUUCUUCAGUGUCGAGGGAGGAGAUCCUUCGUCGGACGGAGCGGAGGCGCCAGAGUGGAAACACGGUGGGAGUUUGGGGUCUGCGGGUGCCUCCCGUCGACUUCGAUGAUUUUCUCUCACUCCCUUCUCCCUUCGCCUUCCCGUCUUCGUCUCGCUCUUCUUCUUGCCGGUCUGAGCGAAAUGCGGUGUAUGUGUGGUUUGAUGCCGUCGUCGGAUAUCUCACAGCCGCAGGUUUCCCCGACGUAAAUUCGCGUCGCUUUCGCGCUCUCUGGCCACCCUCUCUGCAGGUGUUGGGGAAAGACAUUCUCCGCUUCCACGGAGUUUUGCUCCCUGCGCUGUUGCUCGGUGUGGGCCUGCCUCUCCCGCGGCGCCUCCUGGUCCACGGCUGGUGGACAGACACCCGCAACCGGAAGCUGUCAAAGAGCGCUGCCGCGGUGAGCCUUUCUUCCUCCGACGCGGCGACUCGGGAGACGCCGGUCCAGGAAAGAAAGAGAAGAGACGAGGAAGAGGAACAGCCUUCGGCUUCUCGCGACGGAGACAGAAGCGAGAAAAAGACGCAGGAGAAAACCUCCUUACCAGACGAGGACGCGACGAAUGCGGACGGGUCUCGAACGCGAGGAGAACGAGAGACAAGAGACGCAGAGACACCGCGGAGAGACACAAACGGAGACUCCAGAGGGACAUGCAGAGAAGACACCGAAGGAGACGUUGGAGGGGAGACUCGAGGAGACUGUGGAAAAGCGUCCAGAGAAGCUGCAGCAGAGACAGGGGGAUGCCGGAGAGGAGACGAGAAGGCAGAGAAGACAGGCGAGAGAGGCGAGGCGAGUGAACAAAGGGGAAGAGCGCGAUUUGACAAAGAUGAUGUAGAGUCGAAGGCUUCUUGGUCUGGCGACAACUCCCUCAGCGAGGCCUUGCGGCGCUUGGUCGACCUGUACAGCCCGGACGUGCUUCGCUUCUUUCUGCUGCAUGCAAAGUCUCCCGAGAAGGACAUGGCUUUUUUCGUCUCGACCGCUGCUGGCUUCGAGAAGACCAAGCGAAGCGAAACAACUCCUCGCCCACACGCCUCGUCCUCUCGUUCUCCAUCUGCGAGUGCAGGCGAGAACAGCUUGUCCAUCCCUGAAGUCUACGUGACGUUACAGAGGUCAGUAGGGAACUUGCUUUCGAGGGUCCUGAGUCUGCUGUGGAAACGCAGCGGAGCGAGAGGUCGGCUCCCUCGACGGCCGCGGUGGGUCGACCGGGCGUUCGGCGCGAGUCGAGCCGAAACGCGACCUGUGGAAGAGAGCGACAGGCGACGCGCGACGGCGGAGACAAGCGCGCGAGACGUUGCGUCGUUGGGACGCGACGAGAACAGCGAGAGAGACGGGAGAGGAGAGGAGACUGAGGCUGCGAGAGAAGAAAGCGAAGCCGCCGCGAGGGAGAAACAGUGGCUCGGAGACAACGCGGUCAGAGACAAGAGAGACGACGGAAGAGGCAGGGAGCCUGACGCCCAGGAGCAACGCAUGUGGAACGAGUCGAAGGGCCAUGCGCAGGAACGCGAAUGCGAAGGCUUGCAGAGCAGUCUCGAUGCAGACACCUCAACAACGGCGGGAGCCUCUGAGCGGAUGAAGGAAGACUGUCGAGUUUUCCUGAAAAAGAUAAUCGACUUUGAGCAAGACGCAGACGCAUGCAUGCACACUCUGCAGUUCCACCUGUACACCCGACAUCUGCUGCGGCUCGCGAGCGAGGCGAACGCAUUCAUCGAUCGCCUGGCUCCUUGGCGGCUGCUUUCCUCAUCGUCGCUCCGCCCAUCUUCGGCUUUCUCGUCUUCUCUCUCGUCUUCUUCUGACCUCUCCCUUUCUCUUUCUGCUGCGAAUGAGGAGGCCAGACGCGCGUCUCUGGAAACAGCUUUGUUUUUUCUUUGCGAGUUCCUUCGCCGCUUCGCGCGACUGCUGGCGCCUGUCUCGCCAGGCCUCGCCGAAAAAAUUUUUGCCCAACUGCGGGUGCCCGUUGGCCUCCGCACUCUCGCGCAAAAGUCAGGAAAAACAUGCAGCAAAGAGGAGACAGAAAGUGCAGAAAACGAGCAGGAAGGCGCCGACAUGAUGCCGGGUGGAUGGGCUGUCGAGACACCGCAACAGAUGCUGCCUCCACUCAGCUAAUCAGACGAUGGACAAACAGAGAAAAGAGACUCCGUGAAAGUGAAGAUCUCUCUCGGCUUAAACGCCGAAGACACGC